AUGAAGAAUGAAAACCUUAAUGAAAUAAAUAUUAAAAGAAUGAGCAAGGCCAAAUGUGGCACAUCAGAUGAAGACCGUACUGGUGAAUUUACCACAGUGAGUAUAAUACAAUGGACAAGCCAAAUCAGAAUUAACGUAUUUCUUUUUAUCCUGAAAAUUGUAAUAUUAGGCUUUUUGCUUUACGUGUCAAAACAUUUCAGCAACAGUUCUCCGCUUACGCCAGGAAAUAACGCAAACAAUGAAAGGAACAACGUGUGCUUUAGAACAUUAAGAUUGUUGGCCAUAGAAGGCUGUACCAAUUCUACUACUAACUAUAAACCAAUAUUAUCAAUAACUAAGGAUGUAAAUGACAAAUCAGAGUAUUCGAUAAAAAAAACAGAUAUGACCAAGUCAACCAUGCCUAGUUAUAAAUAUUUAGACGAUGAAUUUCCUGAAGUUGAUGUAUCAGACGAAGGAGCACUACUGGAGGAAAUGAAUAAAAUUAUAUUACAAGAGAAACUCAUGAGGGAGGAAUUUUCGAAAACAGGGGAGUCUCCAUCAAACGAAUAUCUUAGCUGUUAUUUCAAUGAAGACAAUUGCAUAAUUCGGAUCAUGGAUCUGUCGAGAAAAUCAAGCUUGUAUAGAAGCAAAUAUUUGAGACUGAAGUAUCGUAUUUCCAGAUAUAUCAAAAAACUUAUAAAUAGAAUAAAAAUAUUCUUCAUAAUGGAAUAUAAAUACAAUAAACACCUGUGGGAAAAAUUUCGUGCUAGUAAUUUUUAUUACUUCUUAUUUCCUUAUGUAAAACGCCACAUCAAAAUUUUCUUUUCUCGAUUGUCGAUGACAUGUUCUCCUACUAAAAAAACAUUUUAA